UGUUCAUGAUAAAUUUGACACGAGUAUCUGAACAACCCUUUUUUUGGUGUCAUUCUUAAUUAUUAAAAAAGGAUAUAAUUGUCUUGUGAGAGACGGGGGUAUUCGUUCUUUCGGCAGCAGGAAAGGAGGGAACCCUCGUUUGGUUUUACAGGAGGUAAUUUUAAGUGCAUUUGGAACACAGAAUGGCAACAACAUUUCGGACUUUUUUGAAUAGCCCUGUAGGCCCCAAGACAACCCACUUCUGGGGUCCUAUUGCCAACUGGGGAUUUGUUGUUGCUGGCUUGGUGGAUAUGCAGAAGCCACCAGAUAUGAUCUCAGGGAACAUGACUGGAGCGAUGUGUGUGUAUUCUGGAUUGUUCAUGAGAUUUGCUUGGAUGGUUCAACCACGCAAUUAUCUGCUUUUGGCUUGCCAUGCCUCAAAUGAGACUGUGCAACUUUAUCAGUUUUCUCGAUGGGCUUCUGCUAAUGGGUACCUGCCAAAGAAAGAGGGACCUGAGAAACAGUAAAAAAAUGUUAUUCUGUUACCUGUUUUUUGUUAAAAUUGAGGUCAAUGUGGCCUUUUUCUUUUAGAUUCUGUGGUAUAUAAUUAUUUUGUUAUGAUGGAAGUGUUGGUAUGUGCACUGAGACAAAAAAAUCCCAUCUGAUAAAAUUACAGUGAUCAAAAUAUACGUUUAUGGGGUCAGAAAUAACAUGACAAUCAAUAUACUUGAUUCAACUCAUUUUGGGCAUUCCAUUUUAACUCGUGUCCAUAAAUGUCCUUUUUUCCAGAGCCUCUUAAUAGAAAAUGGAUGAAUUUACAUUG